AUGUCUUUCGACGUACGAAAAUGGCAGUCCUUUGAGGCUGGGAGGGAUCCUCCUUCGGACUUGACCAGUUCCAGAAGCCAUGACAGUCUCCGCCGAGCAGGUGACAAUGUCAACGACAAGGAACAGGCGACCAUCAUACAGUCGAUUGGCCUGUCUCCGUUGUUGCUGUCCACCCCGGGGUUGUUGAAACGCAUCUUCGACGAGACCACCACCCGACGCCCAUCCGACCAACUCGCUCCGCACGAUGUGAUUCUGCAGAUCGUCGGCCUGUGUUCCGGCAUCUUCGGCAUUUUUGGCCGAUUAAUCUCAAUCUACAACAAAAAGGCGACCGCAACCUCCUACCGUAGCAGAGCCGUCCAGCUCCUGCACAUCCCCGCCCCGAUCGCCCUGAUCCUCGCCAUCAGCGGCGGCUCGGAUGAAUCCUCCUCUGAUCCUUUGGGCCAGUCUAGCGGCAAGGCUGAAAUGCGCGCCGCCUGUGUUGUAUUCCUGCUGAUCUAUCUCGUCACCUGUCUGCUGUGGCUCAUCAGCGUCCGCGAUCUGGCAUGA